AUGACCCGGCGAGUUGGGGCCCCCGGCUUCCCGGCCGUGGGCCACAGGUUCACAGACUCCAGCAGAGACGCCACGCCACGCCCGUCCCCGGGAUGGGGGGUUGCUGCCCUGUACGAGAAGCGGUAUCCCGUCGGUGCUUUCUCGUUCUUGCCACCAAGCAACCAACUAUCGACACAUUGCACAUUGCGGGACGAGGGGUUCUUUAUACCGCGUAAGAAGAGAUGGAACAGCAGGGGUUGUGGGUUUCAUUCCCAUUCAGCAGGGUUGGCUGGGCUAGCCCUGCGAGGCGAGGGCGUCUUGGCGGUUGCAUAG